UCGUCACAGUUGAGUUUGCUGGGGUCUGGCACUGUUUACAGGACCAUGCCUAAUACAUGGUUGACACCCACUCCACAGAAAGAACCAAGAAUAUGGAGACUUUCGAGUUCUGCUGUCCUACUGUUUGUGUCAGCUUGCAGUAAAUUUAUAUUUAGUUUAAAUAAACCAAAAGUUUAUGGGAAAGAAGCGUUCAAGAGUUUCGUUGCUAAGCGACCACAAAAUAAACCAUUAGUUACUAUUAGCAACCAUUACAGUAUGAUAGAUGACUUUCUUGUUUCGUAUAUGUUACCAUGGAAACAACUCAUGAAAAGAACGUCAAUAAGAUGGUUACCUGGGGCCAAGGACGUUUGCACACGUACCAAAUCUUCUACACUAUUCUUCCAGCUAGGUCGCGUGGUCCCCGUGGUGCGUGGAGACGGUGUGUACCAGUAUUGUAUGGAUUUCUGUGUAGAUAGACUGAAUGAUGGCGACUGGGUUCAUAUAUACCCCGAGGGUUUGGUUAAUACGACCAAAGAAUUUAUGAGACUUAAAUGGGGGGUGGGGCGACUCAUUGCAGAUAGCGAGAUGACCCCUAUCGUGUUACCAUACUGGCAUGUGGGUAUGGACAAUGUCUUUCCAACUCGCAUACCUUACUACCCCAGGAUGGGAAAAAAAGUCACUGUGGUCAUUGGAGAACCCAUUGAUUUUGAAGAAGAUCUGAAGCGCUUAAGGGAACAGAAAAAGACAGAUGAGGAAAUCAGGAAAUAUAUUACAGAUAAAAUUCAGGAUGUUUUUGAAUCUCUAAAGAUAGAAACAGAAAAGAAACAUAAUGAAACUGUAGACAUGUGAAAAUUAUAAAUAAUACAUUUUAACAAUAUACAAAUAAAUUACACAAGUACAUGGACGCUACUGACGUGAAAAUUGUUGAUUUACAUAAAAAUGUAAUAAAAUAGGGUUAUUUGUGAACUUUGUUCAAUGUAGACAUGUGAACACGUUUUAUCCAGAGACACACUUUAACGUUAUAUAGUUGUAGCCAAAGUACGUGAACAUAAUGCAAUAUGAAGAACUGUUACCAAAGACACCUGAUUAUCAUGCAUAUAUACAAAAUGAGUC